UUCCCUUCGGGGAGAGUUCAGAGGGCUCCCUCGUUCCCGUGCCGUUUAACCGCAAGGGCCUGCCUUGAGGGCGGGGAGAAUCGCGAUGUCUAUGAGCUGCCAGUGGGUAGAUACCGCUUCUACUCACCUGGGUAUCCUAACAACUACCCAGCCAACAUCGACUUCACCCUGACGGUGACCGGUGAGCAGGGCCAGCCGAUCAGCAUCAGCUGUCGCAAGUUCAGCUUGGAGGAACACUCCACAUGCCGCUACGACUUCCUCUCCAUCAACGGCGACAAGUACUGCGGAGGCAGCAGCAUCGCCACGGUCAGCGCUGUUUCGCUCGUCAUCCGCUUCAAGUCAGACGCCUGGGUGACCUCCUCCGGCUUCCGCUGCGUGAUCACCGUGCCCGACGCUGCGUCAACCACGACGACGACGACCACCACCACCGUCGCGCCCGCCGGCGGCACCUGUUGCGGGGUUGCUUCGCCGGCCAGGGUUGUCGGCGGUGCCGAGGCCACGCCCGGCCAGUACCCGUGGCAGGCGGGCCUGGUGAGCGUGGGCGCCACGCGCACCUUCUGUGGCGGCAGCGUCAUCAACAACCGGUACGUGCUGACGGCGGCGCACUGCACCGCUGGCACAACGGCCGGGCAGAUCCAGGUGCUGCUUGGUGACCACCAGAUCGGCGUCAAUGACGGCGAAACGCGCUACUCCGUCAGUCAGAUCCUCGACCACCCCAGCUACUCGUCGGCCUUCAGCUCCGGCUUCGACUUCUCGCUGCUGCGGCUGGAUCGCGAGAUCGCGUUCACCGCACGCGUUGCGCCCGUCUGCCUGCCGGCGGCCGGCCAGACGUACGCCGGAGCCACGGCCAUCGCCACCGGGUUCGGCCGCCUUGGCGCCAGCGAUCCGCAAGCGACCACCCUGCAGGAGGUCCAGCUGCCCGUCUGGUCGCAAGACAACUGCCGCACCAAGUGGACCAGCCUCCUCGACAACAUGAUCUGCGCCGGGGGCUACCCCAACGGCGGCAAGUCGGUCUGCAUGGGCGACAGCGGCGGCCCGCUGGUCACCAACGUUGACGGCAGGUUUGCGCUUAUCGGCGUUGUGUCGUACGGGCAGCCCUGUGCCCACGCCAACGUGCCGGACGUGUUCGCGCGCGUCACGUCUGUGCUGCCGUGGAUUGCGCAGAACACGGCUGACGCGCAGACGUGCAAUCCGUCGCCAGCAGGCUAGAAUUGCGACCGCGCAGAGCGGAGCACAGAACCUCAGCUGACAAAAACUUAUCAGAGUGUUUGCCAAUAAACUGUGGUGUGGGAAU